AUGGUUAGGGCUUUUCGUCACCAAAUCAGCAUGCAAAAAUCAAGGUCUUUUCAUUUUAGGAGAAUGUUUGAGAUUCCUGGAAAACAUAUCCAGGGUUUAUUUGAUAGGGAUCAUGAUGAUGAAGAUGAUGAUGAUCAUAGUGAUGAUAAAGUUUACUCAACAAGCUUGGAAACUCAGCCCAUAGGAAUUGCUUUCAAUGAUGAUCAUGUUCAAGAAGCACCUAAAAUGCCUCCUAAGCCACCAACUGAAUUUGAAAUGAUGAAGGAAAAAUUUGCUAAGCUGCUACUAGGAGAAGACAUGUCAGGUGCAGGGAAUGGUGUUUCUUCAGCAUUGGCUUUGUCAAAUGCCAUAACAAAUCUGGCUGCAUCUGUUUUUGGAGAACAAUCAAAGUUAGAGCCAAUGUCUCAAGAAAGGAAGGCUAGAUGGAGAAGAGAAAUUGAUUGGCUUCUAUCUGUGACUGAUCACAUUGUUGAAUUUGCUCCAUCACAACAAAUAGCUAAGGAUGGAUCAACCAUGGAGAUCAUGACGACUCGACAAAGAAUCGAUCUGCUCAUGAACAUUCCCGCUUUGCGCAAGCUUGACUUAAUGCUCAUUGACAUUUUGGACGACUUUAAAGAUCAAAAUGAAUUCUGGUAUGUAUCUAAAGCUCAGGAAGAAGCUGAAGGUAACGUUGUGACUCAAAGAAAGAGUGAAAAAUGGUGGCUACCAGUUGUUAAAGUUCCUCCAGCAGGAUUAUCAGAUGCAGCUUUGAAAUGGAUACUGUUUCAGAUGGACAAUGCUCACCAAGUACUUAAAGCAACCAUGGCAAUUAAUGCCCAAGUACUAUCAGAGAUGGAGAUACCUGAUAACUACAUUGAAUCUCUCCCUAAGAAUGGUAGAGAAAGCCUCGGUGAAUCGAUCUAUAAGUGCAUUACGGUGGAAUACUUUGAUCCGGGACAGUUCCUCUCGUCAAUGGAUGUGUCCACAGAACACAAAGUGCUUGACCUCAAGAAUAGGAUUGAAGCUUCCAUAGUGAUAUGGAAAAGGAAGAUGAACAAAGAUGGAAAAUCUUCAUGGAGUUCAGCAAUAAGCAUGGAGAAGAGGGAAGUCUUUGAAGAGAGAGCAGAGACAAUAAUGCUCAUGAUCAAACAACAGUUUCCAGGACUUCCACAGUCUUCACUUGACAUCAGCAAAAUCCAAUUCAACAGGGAUGUAGGACAAGCCAUUCUAGAGAGCUAUUCAAGAGUAAUAGAAAGCUUGGCUUACACGAUAAUAUCAAGGAUUGAGGAUGUUUUAUAUGUAGACUCAAUGAUAAAGAAUCCAUCAUUGGCAAUAGCCGGCCGGAGAUUCUCAUUGGAUUCUUUGCAAGCUGCUGAACAAACAUCUCCAAAGUCCGAGGAUGGUGGACGAAGCGUGAAUUCUUCAGGAACACCACCAUCAAUGACUCUCUCAGAUUUCAUGGGAUGGGGUGAUGAUGGUGUACGAAGCAUGAAAAGGACUAAUUCAACAGGUGACUUAGAUGACUUGAAAGAAAAAGAUGAAAAAUCUCCAAAGAAACAUUACUACUUGGAAAAGCUCGAGUAUUUGAAUGCUAUAAGAACUCCUAUCGGGCGACAUUGA